AUGUCUUUCUCGCUGGAAUCUAUAGACUGGGAAUUAGAACCAUAUGAUCCGUCUUAUGAUCAUUUGGUUGACGAUGUGAAUAGUGAUGAGGCUCGUCUUCCAUUGUUUCCUGUCAUUCGAAUUUUUGGGAUCAACGAAAAUUCGGAAACAGUUUGUUGCUUCCUUCAUAACGUAUUUCCGUAUCUUUAUGUCGAAUAUUCUGACUUCUCUAAUGAAAUUGAGAAACAAGAAAGCUUAUCGACCUUCCUCAAUAUCAUGCAUCUUGCUAUUCAUCAUGCUCUUGCCUUAGCUGCUAGAACAGAACCCGAGAAGUACAGACCUUCCGUACAAAGUGUCCAGCUUGUUAAAGCAAUUCCUUUUUACGGGUAUAAUGUCGGUUAUCGGCGUUUUCUGAAAAUCGCUUUAUAUAGCCCAAGAAACAGGGAUAGGCUGGUGGAUUUGUUUCGUCAAGGAGCGAUUCUAAAUAAAGUCAUUCAAGUCUAUGAGUCUCAUCUACCUUAUCUUCUUCAGUUUAUGGUUGACUAUAAUCUUUAUGGUUGUGCGCCUAUUCACUGUGAAAACGAAAAUUUGCAAGCGUCGAAAGAGCGCAAAUCGUACUGUGAGGUAGAGUUUCAUAUGGGUCCUCAAGUAAUCCUUAACGCCAGUAAGCUGGUUGAGCGCAAUCUUCACUCUUCUAUAAUUGAGCCAUCAUUCGGUCAUGAUUCUUUGCUCAUUAGUAGUCUGUCUGAGAUUUGGAAAUCAGAGGCAAAAAGACGCAAUGUAAUCAGUACGGAUGAAACCAUUAGUUUUUCCGAAUUGCAACAGAGUCAAUUGUCUUUGAAGUCCACUGGUGAUAAUAUCACCAGAUGCUCUCCGCAUUGGAAAAAUGAAAACCAGCUUAAGAAGGAAUUUACAAAGCUAUUAGACGACGUUUACAAGAAAGCUUCUCAAAUGGAACCACUAAACAUGUCUGACCCAUUUCCGGAUAUACCUACUGCUUUUGUCGCGCUGCAUACAGUAAACCCUGCGUAUUCCUCGCAAACAUUAGCUUCUGUUUCUCAAUUGUCUAGUGAAGACCGCGAAAUCUCGUCUAAUUUACAAGCUUCACCAGAGAAAGUGAAAGGAGACAAUGUUGAAAUUGAAUAUUCGUUUGAACAAUUAGAUUCUGAGUUAGAAAAUAUUAUGGGAAACUCCGUCUUCGAAGCAUUCCCAUUCGUACAGCCUAAUUCAGAUGCUGGGGCCGUUUCAAACCCUUCAACACCACCGUUAUCUGAAUCCCCAUUAGAUUCUCCUAAAUCAAGCCCUCCUUCAUUAAACGAUUCAUAUCGAAUUGUUAGCUCACCUUUAAAUUCUCCAAAGUCUAAUUUACGAUUAAAAGGUGGUGGCAAUCUUAGAAAGCGUCCAGUUGAUUUGGUUAACUCGUCUGAUGAGUUAUCCCCUAGUUUACGUUCUGCUGCUUCUAGUAAUCCUGAGACUACGUAUGUCCGUUUUCAAAAAUACAGAAAACCUCGAACUAGUUUCGAAGGACUUACCAGAUGGACACAGCUACCAAAGGAGUACCGCUUACCAUAUAAGCCCCCAAAAGAGGAGUAUAUUUUUGCUAAAAAACCACCAUCUUGCCAACAGUUGCAAGAUACUACAUCCUCUACUAAUAUACCGAGUAUACUUUAUCCUUAUGUGCACUACAGUUUGACGAAGGACAUUCCCUCCGGCCACCAGGAAUAUUUGGGAAAUGUGUAUUAUCCUCGAGGUAUCUCAGCAAAAUACCUUCAAGAAUUCCGCUCUGAUGGGUAUGUGGAAGAAAAUAUGACUAGUAAGCCGCUUAAACUACCACCCGUCAGAACAUCUACUACAUGGGAAUAUGCUAUCCCUCCUCCUAGUCUUUCUGAACUUAGUGUUCAAUCCAAGAGUACAAAGCCUGAUACUAAUACCUACGGAACACCUACCUCUAGUCAGCAAAAGGUUUUCAAUAAGGAUCCCUAUGCUUCAAUACGUAUACUAUCACUGGAAUUAUUUUGUAAUAGUAAAAAUGGUUUACUACCUGAUCCUUCCAAAGAUCCAAUCGAAGGUUGUUUUUGGGCGUAUCAAGAAAAUGCUAAUAUUCGUUCCAUUGAAAAAUGUGGGUUUAUCGUGAAUUCUCCGAACAUAGAAAGUACUGCAUUUGAGAAAUCUUUUCCGGAUGCUACAGUUUUGUCUGUUUUUUCAGAAAUUGAACUACUGAACGAAAUAAUCUCGUUGACACGUCAAUUAGAUCCCACUAUACUAUGUGGUUAUGAGGUACACAGUAGCUCAUGGGGAUACCUUAUAGAAAGAGCAGCUUAUAAAUUUAAUUAUGACCUUCCAGAACAGCUUUCGCGGUUAGCUGAUACAACAAAAGGGACCUUUUCCAAGAAAAAUGAUGCUUGGGGUUAUUCUACCACCUCAUCAAUUAAAAUUGUUGGACGACACAUGUUAAAUAUUUGGCGAAUAAUUAGAGGAGAGAUUAGUCUCUUAAAUUAUUCACUGGAAAAUGUGGUAGCUCACCUAUUCGGUAUCCAAACACCUUUCUAUAGACAAGCGGAUUUAGUAGAGCUUUGGAGUACCCCUGCUUUUCACGACAAACAUAUUCUUUUUCAGUAUAUGUUAAAAAGAACAAAAUUUUCUCUUGAAAUACUAUCUUCAAGGUCAAUUAUUACGAAAAUUCGAGAGCAAGCUCGGGUCGUUGGUAUCGAUUUUAUGUCUGUCAUUUCCAGGGGAUCACAAUUUAAAGUUGAAGCAAUCAUGUUUCGUAUUGCCAAAUCUGAAAAUUAUUUACUUGUUUCGCCAAGUGCUAAGCAGGUAGCUGAGCAGAAUGCGUUGGAAGCGUUACCGUUAGUUAUGGAACCCCGAUCUAAUAUGUAUCAUAAUCCUGUAUUGGUACUGGAUUUUCAAUCCUUGUACCCUUCUAUCAUUAUAGCAUAUAAUUUGUGCUAUUCUACUUGUUUAGGCCCUAUACGAUCCGUUAACGGGAAAUUCAAACUUGGAUUUAUGCCCUAUUCUAUUGAUCCCCGCGUGAUGGAUUUUGUGAAAGACAAUGUAUAUAUCUCACCAAAUGGAUAUGCAUACGUAAAUAAAGAAGUCAGGAAAUCGUUGAUAGCCAAGAUGUUAGAGGAGCUUAUUGAAACCAGAUCAAUGAUAAAAAAGGGGAUGAAAAACUGUGAUUCAGCAUAUGUUUACCAGAUUCUGGACAGUCGGCAGUUGGCACUUAAGCUAAUCGCAAACGUUACAUAUGGCUACACGUCUGCUUCCUUCUCAGGUCGAAUGCCCUGCUCAGAAAUUGCUGACACGAUUGUUGAGACAGGACGAGAACUUCUUGGAAAUGCGUUAUCUUACAUCAAUAACCAUGAAAAAUUUAAUGCCAGGGUUGUAUAUGGUGACACUGAUAGUUUAUUCGUCGAAUUACCAGGGAAAACUAAAGAGCAAGCAUUUGAGAUUGGACAUUCACUUGCAUCAGAAAUCACCUCAAUGUUUCCUUCACCGAUUCGAUUGAAAUUCGAAAAGGUAUACUUACCAUGUUUCUUACUGGCAAAGAAAAGAUAUGUUGGAUACAAAUAUGAAAAAGUGAAUGAAGAUGUCCCUUCAUUUGAUGCUAAAGGGAUUGAGACAGUUCGACGAGAUGGAACACCCAUACAACAAAAAGUUCUCCGCAGUUGCAUAGAAAAGUUGUUUCAAUCCAAAGAUUUAUCUCAAGUUAAAAGAGGAUUUCAAGAGUUUUGUGCUAAAAUAAUGUCUGAAGAAAUCCCAGCUAUGGAUUUUUGUUAUAAUAAGGAGGUACGGAUGGACAAAUACAAAGAACUAAGUACGGCCCCUCCUGGUGCUACUAUGGCAAGACGCCUAAUGACUAAGGAUCCUAGGUCCGAGCCACAGUAUGGUGAGCGUGUUCCUUACUUGGUUGUAGCGGGAGCACCAGGGACCACAUUGGCAAAUCGUUCAGUCUCUCCGGAGGAAUAUCUUUCGGAUAGUUUUUCACAAUUAGAUAUUGAUUAUUAUAUAAGACAUAAUUUGAUUCCGCCGUUGGAUAGAUUUUUAAAUCUGCUGGGCGCUAGUGCUGAGUCUUGGUACAAUGAAAUGCCAAAACGACUUCAUAAAUUAAUACGAACAGGAUCUUCGGGUGAUAGUUCUAAAGUUCAUAAUAGGACUUUAGAUAAGUUUUUAACGGAAAGGCUUUGUUCCUCUUGUCUCCGAAACAUGGUAAGCAGCCAAAAUGUUUCCGAAGAUAAAUAUCUUUGUGAUGAUUGUUUGAAGAUUGUGCCGACAGCUACGACGAGAGUUAUUCAAAAGAGUAAAAAUAUCGCUGUUCGAUUAGCAAGGUUGGAAGAUAUAUGCCGAGGAUGCAGUAACAUCUCUUCUUCCGAUCCUGUUCUAUGCAGGUCAAAGUCUUGCAAAAUAUAUUACGACAGAGCCAAGACAUAUAGUAAGGCGAAAGCUCAGGCAGAGCUAUACGAAAGAACUUUACUCUCUUUAGACUGGUAA